UAUGUUAAUGAGGCCGGUCUGGCCACGAGCUGUUCCCCGCGCUGAGCCAAGCUCGGACCAGGCGGUGGCAGCGGCGACAGCCAUGGCCGGGGCGCUGGCAGGCCUGGCCGCGGGCUUGCAGGUCCCGCGGGUCGCGCCCAGCCCAGACUCGGACUCGGACACGGACUUGGAGGACCCGAGCCUUCGGCGCGGCGCGGGCGGCUUGCUCCGCUCGCAGGUGAUCCACAGCGGUCACUUCAUGGUGUCGUCCCCGCACAGCGACUCGCUGCCUCGGCGGCGCGACCAGGAGGGCUCCGUGGGGCUCUCCGACUUCGGGCCGCGCAGCAUUGACCCCACACUCACUCGCCUCUUCGAGUGCUUGAGCCUGGCCUACAGUGGCAAGCUGGUGUCUCCCAAGUGGAAGAAUUUCAAAGGCCUCAAGCUGCUCUGCAGAGACAAGAUCCGCCUGAACAACGCCAUCUGGAGGGCCUGGUAUAUCCAGUAUGUGGAGCAGAGGAAGAGCCCCGUGUGUGGCUUCGUGACCCCCCUGCAGGGGCCUGAGGCUGAUGCGCACCGGAAGCCGGAGGCCGUGGUCCUGGAGGGGAACUACUGGAAAAGGCGCAUCGAGGUGGUGAUGCGGGAAUACCACAAGUGGCGCAUCUACUACAAGAAGCGGCUCCGUAAGUCCAGCAGGGAAGAGGACCUCCUGGCCCCUAAGCAGUCGGAAGGCGAGUGGCCACCACCGGAGCAAUGGUGCAAACAGCUCUUCUCCAGUGUGGUCCCCGUGCUGCUGGGGGACCCAGAGCAGGAGCCCGGGGGGCGACAGCUCCUAGAUCUCGACUGCUUUUUGUCCGACAUCUCGGACACGCUCUUCACCAUGACUCAGCCCGGCCCUUCACCCCUGCAGCUGCCGCCUGAGGAUGCCUACGUCGGCAAUGCUGACAUGAUCCAGCCGGACCUGACGCCACUGCAGCCAAGCCUGGAUGACUUCAUGGACGUCUCAGAUUUCUUUACCAACUCCCGCCCCCCACAGACGCCCAUGACUUCAAACUUCCCAGAGCCCCCCAGCUUCAGCCCCGUGGCUGACGCCCUCUUCAGCAGUGGGACCCUGGGCCCGGAGGUGCCCCCGGCUUCCACGGGCGUGACCCACCUCUCUGGACACAGCCGUCUGCAGGCUCGGAACAGCUGCCCUGGCCCCUUGGACUCCGGCACCUUCCUGAGUUCUGAUUUCCUCCUUCCUGAAGACCCCAAGCCCAGGCUCCCACCCCUUCCUGCACCCCCACCUCUGAUGCAUUACCCUCACCCUGCGAAGGUGCCAGGCCUUGAGCCCUGCCCCCCACCUCCCUUCCAUCCCAUGACACCACCCGCUGCUUUGCUGCAGGAAGAGCCUCUCUUUUCUCCCAGGUUUCCCUUCCCCACUGCCCCUCCUGCCCCGGGAGUGUCCCUGCUGCCUGCUCCUGCAGCCUUCCCACCCACCCCGCAGCCUGUUCCCAGCCCGGCCCCCACCCCCUUCCCCAUAGAGCUUCUGCCCUCGGGGUAUCCAGAGCCUGCCUUUGGGCCUUGCUUCUCCAUCCCCAGAGGCAAGCCCCCCACCCCAUCCCCUAGGGGACAGAAAGCCAGCCCCCCUACCCUGGCCCCUGCCACUGCCAGCCCCCCCAGCACAGCAGGGAGCAGCAACCCCUGCCUCACACAGCUGCUCACUGCAGCCAAGCCAGAGCAACCCGUGGAGCCACCUCCUGUGGCCAGCACCCUCCUCCGGUCCCCAGGAUCCCCGCAGGAGAAGGUCCCUGAAUUCCCCUGCACAUUCCUUCCCCCGACCCCGGCCCCUACACCGCCCCGGCCGCCUCCAGGCCCGGCCACGCUGGCCCCUUCCAGGCCCCUGCUCGUCCCCAAAGCGGAGCGGCUCUCGCCACCAGCGCCCAGCGGCGGCGAGCGGCGGCUGUCAGGGGACCUCAGCUCCAUGCCAGGCCCUGGGACUCUGAGCGUCCUCGUCUCUCCCCCGCAACCCAGCCUCAGCCGGGGCCGUCCAGACAGCAACAAGACCGAGAACCGGCGCAUCACACACAUCUCCGCGGAGCAGAAGCGACGCUUUAACAUCAAGCUGGGGUUUGACACUCUUCACGGGCUUGUGAGCACACUCAGUGCGCAGCCCAGCCUCAAGGUGAGCAAAGCUACCACGCUGCAGAAGACCGCCGAGUACAUCCUCAUGCUGCAGCAGGAGCGCGCGAGCUUGCAGGAGGAGGCCCAGCAGCUGCGGGACGAGAUCGAGGAGCUCAACGCCGCCAUUAACCUGUGCCAGCAGCAGCUGCCCGCCACAGGGGUACCCAUCACCCACCAGCGUUUUGACCAGAUGCGAGACAUGUUUGAUGACUACGUCCGAACGCGUACGCUGCACAACUGGAAGUUCUGGGUGUUCAGCAUCCUCAUCCGGCCUCUGUUCGAGUCCUUCAACGGGAUGGUGUCCACGGCAAGCGUGCACACCCUCCGCCAGACCUCGCUGGCCUGGCUGGACCAGUACUGCUCUCUGCCUGCUCUCCGGCCAACUGUCCUGAACUCUCUACGCCAACUGGGCACGUCUACCAGUAUCCUGACUGACCCGGGGUGCAUCCCUGAGCAAGCCACGCGUGCAGUCACAGAGGGCACCCUUGGCAAACCCUUAUAGUCCUGGCCGCACCCUGCUGCUCACUCAGCUGCCCUGGGGCACGGGCUCCAGGGAUAAUCUCUGGGCACUCCCUCCCUGCCCCAGGCCCUGGCUCUGCCCUUCCCUGGGGGGUCGAGCAGGGUCCGGGUUUCGCACUUCCCUCCUCCUGGAGGCUAAGAAGAACCGAGCCCCUGUCCCUGCCCUGCCACUGUGCUCCAGCAUCAUGACCUUGGGAGACUCGUCCCCCAUCUUCGGACCUCUUUGUUUCAAUCUGCAAAAUGGGGGUGAGGAAGGUUCAGUCAGCAGAUGAACUCCAGGCCUUGGCAGCAGUGACACUGGGGGCCUAGGGUGGCAAUUCCGGGGGGGGGGGGGCUCAACGGUGGAGGAAGAGGAGGCUGUUUCUCUGUGCCCUCCACCUGCUCUCCCACAGGUGGGGCACGGACCUCUAUUCAUGAGCAGAGAAGCAGAAAAGGAGGUGCCCUCUCUCUGCUCCUUCACUGCUGACCCAGAGGGGCUGCAGGAUGGCUCCCCCUGGAAGAGGCCAGGAUGGUCUGAUCCCAGGAGACCAGGGCCGGAGUGACCACAGCAGGGCAGGCAUCGUGUGUGUGUGUGUGGAUGCGUGUGUGUGGGUUUUGUAAAGAAUCUUGACCAAUAAAAGCAAAAACUGUCUGCGGG